CUCAAUCACAUCCUCUAACAGUCAUUCUCUGACCAACUUCAUAACAUUCAACUUACGGAACUUCUAUUUUGAUUUUGGAGGAAGUCGAUUCUUCCACAUACGAUAUUCGGAAUGGUCCUCCGAAUAUCUGCAAAGAGGCUGACAGGCUCGUUCAGACCUUCUCGUUUUCCCACUCCCGUCAAUUGCGCCCUUCAAAGAUAUUCCUCCCAAGCAGCAGCGGCGGCCAUAACUCCGUCAGAAAACAUUUCAGACCAACUACCGGUCAGCACAUCCCCAAUCACACAUCCCCCUUCAUCGAGCUAACAGUCUUCAUACAGCCACAAAUACCCCUCUCCAAUGCCGAUCCCGUCGAAGACUCUCCCUCUGGCGCACAAGUCAAGGAAGAAGCCCCAUAUAUGGUCAAGACAUACGCACGACCACCACCGGUAUUUGUCAGAGGAAAAGGCGUCAACCUCUGGGACAAGGAGGACAGGAAGUACUUGGAUUUCACGGCUGGCAUAGCAGUUAAUGUCCUGGGUCAUUGCGACGACGAGAUGGCCGCAAUUAUUGCGGAACAGGCCAAAACCCUCGUUCAUACAUCCAACCUUUACCAUAACCCCUGGACUGGAAAGCUAUCGAAACUUCUUGUGGAAAAGACCGCGGAAUUAGGGGGGAUGCACGAUGCCAGUGCGGCAUUUAUCUGCAACUCCGGUACGGAAGCGAAUGAAGCCGCCAUUAAAUUCGCACGCAAGAUUGGACUUGCGAAAAGCCCAAACAAGAGGUCGAUUGUUUCUUUCAAGGGGGCGUUUCACGGUCGAACUUUGGGAGCUCUUUCUGCAACACCGAAUCCCAAAUAUCAAAAGCCGUUUGGGAAAAUGUUGCCAGGGUUUCACUCUAUAGAUUUGAACGACGAGGACGCGAUUUUUAAGAUGAUCCAAAAUAGCACAGCUGGUGUGAUUGUGGAACCAAUCCAAGGCGAAGGAGGUGUAAACGUGGCCUUGAUUUCUUUUAUGUUGAAAUUGGCACAGCGUUGUAAGGAGCGGGAUGUGGUGUUGAUAUACGACGAGAUUCAAUGCGGUCUCGGUAGAACAGGUAGCUUCUGGGCACACUCCUCGUUGCCACGUGAAGCCCAUCCAGACAUCAUCACUACGGCAAAAGCACUUGGGAACGGUUUCCCUAUUGGGGCAACUAUCGUUAAUGAACGAGUGGCUGAGGCGAUCAAUGUGGGAGACCACGGGACAACCUUUGGUGGAAACCCACUGGGAGCUCGAGUCGCCCACAACAUUGUGACUCGUCUUUCGGACCGCGGGCUCCUAAAAGAAGUUCAGGAAAAGGGUCAGAUGUUCUUCGAUCAUUUCGAAAAGUUGCGAGAGAAAUACCCCCAUCUGAUAAAGGAAAGUCGAGGACGCGGGCUUAUCCUUGGUUUACAACUUACUCAAGACCCGACGCCAAUCGUAACGGCCGCCCGGGAGAGAGGAUUGUUGAUCAUUACGGCUGGAACAAAUACACUGAGGUUUGUACCAUCUUUGAAUAUCACCAAAGAGGAGAUACAGGAAGGCAUCGACAUUCUAGACGAGGCUAUCCGCGUUUCUACUACACCAGGGCAGGGUCCUGAGGGCGAGCAAGUUAAAGGAGAGGUGGACUCACCAAAUUGAGGCGAGGGGCUUUAACAUCGUUCCUCCGUAAAGUGUCUUUUUUUCUUCUUGAAUCUUUUCCCACGUAGAAUGGGUCUAUUGGGGAUUUAAUAUUUGGCGUUGAUCAUGAGCAGAGCUGGAGUUCAGGACAUCAAAAGCUUCGGGUAGAUGAAUACCAAAUUUUAUACUGUACACAUUACA